AUGUCGUCCACAUCAUCUGGUUCCGUAUCAUCUCGACGGAAACAAGCAAAACCGCAACGUCUUUCACACGAAUCUGACCUGUGCUCCGAUUCAACCAUCAUUAAUG